ACAAGAAAUCUUUUCUAAUGAAGGCUGGAGAAUUUGAAACUGAAUUGAGCGAAGAAAAGGAUUCAACGACAGGAAAACCAAAACUUGAUGGAAAGUUAAAAGUCGGUGAACUCGAGAUCACGGGUUCGUCAUCAAUGAACAAGAAAUCUUUUCUAAUGAAGGCUGGAGAAUUUGAAACUGAAUUGAGCGAAGAAAAGGAUUCAACAACGGGAAAACCAAAACUUGAUGGAAAGUUAAAAGUCGGUGAACUCGAGAUCACGGGUUCGUCAUCAAUGAACAAGAAAUCUUUGGUAAUGAAGGCUGGAGAAUUUGAAACUGAAUUGAUUGAAGAAAAGGAUUCAACAACGGGAAAACCAAAACUUGAUGGAAAGUUAAAAGUCGGUGAACUCGAGAUGACCGGUUCGUCAUCAAUGAACAAGAAAUCUUUUCUAAUGAAGGCUGGAGAAUUUGAAACUGAAUUGAGCGAAGAAAAGGAUUCAACAACGGGAAAACCAAAACAUGAUGGAAAGUUAAAAGUCGGUGAACUCGAGAUCACGGGUUCGUCAUCAAUGAACAAGAAAUCUUUUCUAAUGAAGGCUGGAGAAUUUGAAACUGAAUUGAGCGAAGAAAAGGAUUCAACAACGGGAAAACCAAAACUUGAUGGAAAGUUAAAAGUCGGUGAACUCCAGAUGACGGGUUCGUCAUCAAAAAAGCUGGAAAAUUAAGUUUUGGGACAAAAUUUAAAGGUGAUGUGUAUUCUAUGUCAUUGUCGACCUUAAAGCUGUUUAUUUACGACUUUAUGGAAUCUUUAAUUUAGUAUUAGUAUUAAGUAAUUUAGUAAAUAGUUUUAACAUAGCUUUUAAAAUAUCUUUAUAACGAUAUAUACGAGGGGAACGUUGAGUACACCACACAAAGCUCCAAAACGAUUUAAGCAUACUUGGCACACUGAUGUCUGUGCUGUGAACUAGACUCUGAAAACAGAUAUUAGGUAUGUUAAUUAAGAUAUUAGGUAUGUUAUUUAAGAUAUUUUGUGGUGUACCACGUUAAGUACAUUUCAAAGUACAUUUUUUUGAUGAUUUUAAGAAACACUUCCCAAAUUUGCUGUAUGCAAUGAAAAUAGUCGUAAAAGUAGAUAACAUCGUCCGCCUCGAUUUUGCGCUAUUGGAAUUCGGGAGGUGUUUUAUAGGAGUAAUAGGCUAUGCAUAAUUAUAAGGUGUAUCGUUAAAUAGAAUAGAAUAAAAGGAAGAUAUGCAUGAGAGGGAAACAAUAUUAUUUUUCAGAACAAACAAUUUCUAAACAUAUUAACAUAAAUACAUACAAUAAUUAUCAUAAUUUUUCAUUUUCCUAGUAAAUGUAAUAUCAUCUCAAAACGAGGUGUAAGGAUAACUGCAUAUGGGGGACGUAUUCAUGCACCUAAGUGGCCCACCAGCGCCCCUCCUGC